GGGGUCAGGACUUGCUCGCCCCAGGUGUAGAGUGGGGAUGGGCUGCAGCUCCCCGAGCUUGCAGGGGACCAGGAGGACCCUGGGAUGCCCCAAUGUUCUCCUGGUGUCACUGUCUCACAGGCAGGUGCUGGGGUUGAUGCCUCCAUAUCCCCCAACCUCCUGCUGCUGCUGCUCCUUCAAUUUGCCUUAAACCCCACAUUUUUAUCAAAAAGCCCAUUCUUGCUAAUUUGGGAUACGACAGGGAGGUCUGAACCCCAGCAUCGCUGCACCCCAACUUCAUCCUGGGUUUCAUCCCAUUGAUGGGUCUUCUCGAGAUCCCAAUUUAGGGACCAAAGCAGCAUCACAAGCAUUUUUUGGGACAGCAAAAAUUCUGGAAAAGAGAAAAUUGUAGUUUAGUGGACUUUAGAGGUUCUUUUCAAGAGAGGAGACUUUGAGGUCUUGCUGCCCCUCUUGAACCAGCUCAGUACAUGCUGAUACAUUAUCAAGGUGCAUCCAGACACCAACGCACUGGUUUUUUGGAGAAAGACUUUUUGCUUCUCCAAAUGAUCAUUUAGUUGUGCAAUGGUGCUUGUCACCACUGCCUGAGAUUUGCUGUUAUCACCCCACUGCUUGUGCAAGACUGGUCUUGCUUUCUGCUUCGUGACUUCUCCUUUUUCACAGAUUUCCAGAACUAUCCCAGGUUCCCGUAAUGCUCAAGCAGGGCAGGAUGAGCCAUAAAAUCCCCAGCCAAAACCGCAGCUUUUUUGUGCAACCUGCUGAGUUUGUUAAGUUUAGUGAGCAUCACUGGGCUUAGUGACACGGGAUUGUUUUGAGUGGAUGGCUUUUAGCAGCCUCCUCCAAAAAUCUGUCCUUCUGUCUAACAUAAACCUGAUUUUUUACUGGGACGGUGCAUAUGGUGCUGUUAAUUUAGGUGGGGUAUGUAGGUGAUACCUCCAGCUUCAGCCACAGCACAGAACACGUCACCAAAUCAAUGUUAAAGCCCUUUUCCUUUGUGUCUCCCUGUUCAGACUGAAGGAUCUGGAAGUGCCCAAGCUGGGGGACUGCGAUGUCAGUGUCAAGAUGUUGGCAGCCCCCAUCAACCCCGCUGACAUCAACAUGAUCCAGGGGACCUAUCCCCUCCUGUCGUCGCUGCCGGCCGUGGGAGGGAAUGAAGGUGUCGGGGAGGUGCUGGAGGUCGGGCGCUGUGUGACAGCUCUGAAACCCGGGGACUGGGUCAUCCCUGCCGACACCGGACUCGGGACGUGGAGGACACGGGGGGUGUUCCCUGAGGAGAUGCUGCUGAAGGUGCCCAGUGACAUCCCGGUGCUCUGUGCUGCCACUCUGAGCGUCAACCCCUGCACGGCGUUCCGUCUGCUGGCCGACUUCGAGAGCCUGGCGCCCGGUGACUCCAUCAUCCAGAACGCCGCCAACAGCGGCGUGGGCCAGGCCGUCAUCCAGAUCGCCAGGGCCUCCGGCAUCAAGACCGUCAACGUGGUGAGGGACAGACCUGAUCUCCCAAAGCUGGUGGAGAGGCUGAUGGCCCUGGGCGCUGAUCACAUCAUCACAGAGGAGAUGCUGAGAAAGCCAGAGAUGAAAGAUAUAUUUAAGAGCAUCCCGAGGCCCCGGCUCGCCCUGAACUGCGUCGGAGGCAAAAGCACCACGGAGAUGCUGCGGCACCUGCAGCCCAAGGGGACCAUGGUCACCUAUGGGGGGAUGGCAAAGCAGCCUGUGAUGGUCCCUGUGAGCGCCUUCAUCUUCCGGGACGUGCGGCUCCGCGGGUUCUGGAUGACACAGUGGAGGAAGGACCACGCACAGGACCAGGAGAGCGUGGCUGCGAUGAUGGACGCCCUGUACCAGCUCAUCCGCAGGGGCCAGCUCACAGCGCCGGCCUGCACCGAGGUCCCGCUUCAGGACUACAGGGCAGCGCUGGAGGCCUCCAUGAAGCCCUUUGUGUCCUCCAAGCAGAUCCUCCUCCUCUGACCUGCAGCUCCUGGAGCCCUGUCCUGUUCCACAUGCUUGUCCACAGACUUGAGGGGGAAAAAGACCCUCGAGAUGGAAUUGAAUUUAUUUUUUCCUUUGUUUUUCACAUUUUGGGUGCUCACUGAAAGAUUUAAAAGCCUCUGCUGCUUUGUGUGGAAGUGCUGCAGGAGGGAGGCUGCAUCUCAUAGUGGCUGGGGGAAGUUUGGGAGCCCAAAUGAUGGCUUGCUUAGCUCAGGAUGUGGAAAGAGCAGCAGUUCCCCCUCACGUGUGCUUUUGGGCUGGGCAGGGCUGUCGUUACCCCAGCUAGAAUGUGGGAUGGGCAGGGAAGCCCAAGUCAUCUCCCUGCAGCCCCACUGCCUCCACACCUGCUCCAAGUAGGAGGAGGGGGCACAAAUGCCCCAAAUGGUGAGGGGUGCUAUGACUGGAGUGGCCCUAGGUGCUGCUGCAGGUCCUGGAGGAGCCCUGGGUCACCCCAGCUGGGUUUUGCCAAGGGCACUUCAAGGGCCGGAGCCUUUGGCCAUCCAGGGCUGGAGCCGGACCCUCAGUGUCCCUGAGGCCCUCCUGCCCAGGUGUGGGACAGUGGCUGUGACACUGCAGAGCAAUGUGAAAAGAUUUAUUGAGAACAACCAACAACGUGUUCUUGCUUCCUGCUGUGCUGCUCUUGUACCUCUGUGACCCCACAAGCUCCCUGCGGUCCCUGCUCUCCCCAGUGCAGCUGUGGCCGAGGCCUGGCAGUGCUGGCUGUGCAGGUGGGGCAGUGGUCCCUGCUCCUGGGUGAUGCUCUUGGAUACCAGCAGGCUCUCCAUGCUGCUCCAUAGGAUGAACUACAGGGGAAAUGUCCCCCAAACACAUCUUGCAGUGGAAAUAACCUCCCUUGGGUUCUUUGAACUUUCUUUGCCUCAGAACCUUUGGAACCCAACCCAGGGACCUCACUGGGUUCUCCCACCUUGUGCCCAACAUGAUCCAAGUGGGAGGACCAUGGCUGUGGAGUUUUGUGUGGACAGAGGAAUUGUGAGGGACUGGUUGUGUCAGCUGAAAGCUCUUCUGGGAUUCAUCCUGGAGUCCUGGAUGAGUUGGUGGGGCUAUGGCAGAGCCCCUCUGGAUCUACCAAAGGCCAGGGAAGGCUGCUCCUCACCGGGAGCUGCCAGUGUCAUCCCCGUGCACAGGGAGUGCACGGAUGUGGGGCACAGCCCAGGAAGGUGUACCUGCAUCUGGGGGUUUUCUGGGUCCUGUGGGAUGAGGAGAAGAGCAGGGCAGGGCAGGAAUGUCGCUCAGGGAUGGAGGGAGCAUUGUACAACUGCAUAUGCGCUUGGAAGAGCAAAACUGUGAAAUUAAACUCCACUGCCAUGCUGGGAA